AUGGAAACGAGAUCGACAAAACGCAGGAGGAUUUCUGAGUUAUUGGAGAAUGACGACGUCGAAACUAAGAUCGAUCGCCUCAGUGAUCUUCCCGAUGCCCUUCUUCACCAAAUCUGUCUCCUUCUCCCCAUCAAAACCGUUGCACAAACCAGUGUUCUAUCAAAGAGAUGGAGGUCCCUUUGGAUCACCUAUCCCGAUCUCGACUUCACGACUCUCGAAUCCUUGCGCGUUUCUUCAAUCAAACACUUGGAGCCUCAUCUUUUGACCGCCACUCAAUCGCGUAUCAUCAGCCAAGUUCUCUCUAUUCGUGACAAAAACGCGGACAUUAGGGUUCUUCGUUUUCGUGCCACCAUAAGUUUCUCCCUAUUAAAUAGUUUAAUCCGUAACGCCAUCAGGCAGAACGUUAGACAGCUUGAAGUCGAGGUGGGUACAAAAGAUUAUUUCAACUUUCCCAGGUGUGUGCUUGGUAGUGAAAGUUUAAGGGUAUUGAAAUUAAAAUCGCGUUAUCCAGGUUUUCGCUUGCCUCCGGCUUCUAUUGUGAAGGAUGGCUUCAAGUCUCUCCAAACAUUGUCUCUCUCUCUUGUUAUUUUGUACAACCAACCAUUUCUCUCUGAUUUGUUUUCUGAUUCGUCAUUUCCAUCCCUAAAGAAGUUGCGCCUUCGUGCGUGCGUUGGAUUGAAAUCCCUUCAUGUUGGCUGUCGAGUUCUCGAAGAUUUGAGCUUAAAAAACUGUUUUCAUCUGCAAAGUUUGGACGUGUCAUGUGCAAUACUAGAAAAGCGAGUAGUGGAUUGUUUCAAUUCGUAUAGCGAGAAGAGCUGGGUAAGGAUUAAUGCACCGAGGCUUCAACAUUUAAUUUGGGAUUACAAUAGAGUGACUGACAUGACGAUUAUUGAGCAUUCGAAAUUUCUGCGUGAGGCCUCAAUAGGUUUCUUCAUAUUACCUAAAGAAUUUAGCAUGGGCAAGCUUUUAAGUGUCCACAAUUUGUUGUCUGGACUAUCUCUGGCUCAUUCCUUGACUCUCGAAAGUCAGUCCGUUGAGAUUUUAUCGAACAAUAAAUUUUUAGCGAUGCAUCUUCAGCCAUUUUGUAAUCUCAAGUCAUUAAAGUUGCAUACGGUUCUCAACAAAAGUAACGUCCGGGGAAUAGCAUGCAUAUUCAGAAGCUGUCCUACACUGCACACUCUGAUUCUGAGGAUCAUUAACGAUUACAAGACUGAAAGAAAACAAUGGAAUAGGGACUUGUGGGACUUGACUAGCACAGAGGACGAACAAUUCUGGGAAUCUCAGAUCCAAACACUGAAGUCGUUUCUACAACACCUCAAAGUGGUGAAAAUUCACGGGUUUCUAGAAUGUGAGGAUGAAGUUACGUUGGCAAAGUUUCUGCUCAGGCACGGGAAGGCUUUGGAAGAAAUGAUAUUGUGCGGAGGACGCUGCAAUUCCAGAGAUUCCCUGAGGCGACAGAAAAUCAGGUCGCAAAUGAUGGGAUUUUCUCGGGCUUCUUCUAAUGCAAAACUGGCAUUUCACUAG